AUGUCUUCAUCAUCAUCUAUGACACCAUUUACUCGUGGUCAUCAUACGACAAAACGAUUUAAUAAUGCUGCUCGUUUAAAAACGGCUACACAUUAUCCUAUAAUUACAACACCUAUUAUAUCAAAUCCGGAUAUAAAUAAUAAUUCAAAUAAUCCAGGUGCUGUUUUUGCACAUUAUGAACAUGGUCAUUCGGAUUCACUUUUAGAAAUUCUUAAUGAUCUUCGUUUAAGUAGACAAUUAUGUGAUAUAACUAUUAUUGUUGAUCAACAUGAAUAUCCUUGCCAUAAAAAUGUUCUUUCUGCCGCUAGUCCAUAUUUCCGUGCCAUGUUUACUACAUCCGAAAUGUCUGAAUCAUCACAACCAACAGUUACUCUCAAUGGAAUUGAUUCUGAUGCUAUGUCGGAACUUAUUGAAUAUGCAUAUACAUCGGAAAUAACGAUCUGUGAAAAUAAUGUACAAUCAUUACUCUCCGCUGCUAAUUUACUUAUGAUGCAAUCUGUUCGUGAUGCAUGUAGUUCAUUUUUUGAACGUUUUCUUGAUGAAACAAAUGCAAUUGGUAUAAAUUGUUUUGCUGAAUUACAUGGUACACAAGAAUUAACAAAAAAAGCAAAACGAUUUGUUUUAAAAAAAUUUUCACAAGUUGCUCAACAAGAUGAAUGGCUUCAUAUUUCGGCACAAAAAAUUGUUGAAUUUAUAAAAGAAGAUGAUCUUCGAGUAUCAAGCGAAGAUGAAGUCUUUGAAGCAUGUUUACGUUGGUUAAAUCACGCACCCGAACAACGCAAAGCAGACUUUCAUAUGAUACUUCAAUAUAUUCGAUUGGCUUUUGUUAGCCCUUAUAUAUUAAUGGAUAGAGUUGCAAGCUGUAAAAUAGUACAAGAAGAUGCAAUAUGUCGUGAAUUACUUCAUGAAGCAUUACAAUUCCAUUUACUUAUUGAUAGGCGUUCUGAAAUGUCAACAACAAAUUCUCGAUUGAAACCACGUACAUGCUCAGAAUUAACUGAAACAUUAGUUUUUUUGGGCGGAGAAGAUGAACGAGUUGUUGUACGUGGUGUUGAAAUAUAUAAUCCAGAAAGAGAUGAAUGGAAAAAACUUUGUUGUUUACCAUAUGCUGUAUCAAAACAUGCUAUUGUUGCAUCAGGAGCUUCUACUCUUUAUUUAUGUGGUGGUGAUUAUCCGAAUGGAAGACCAAGUUCAGAAGUUUGGAAAUAUGAACAAAAACUUGAUACAUGGAUACAAUUGUCAGAUAUGUUAACACCACGAUCAGAAUUAGGUUUAGCAUUAAUUGAUGGUUAUAUAUAUGCUUGUGGUGGAACAAAUGGAGAAGUUCGUUUGAAUACUAUUGAAAGAUAUUCAAUUGCUGAUAAUAAAUGGACUUUAAUUGCUUCAAUGCAAAUUGGUAUGACAAGUCCAGCUUGUUGUUCAUUGAAUGGAUAUUUGUAUAUAACCGGUGGAGCCGUACUUGAAGAAGGCGAUGCAGUUGAUCUAGUCAUGAGAUUUGAUCCACGAAAAAUCGAAUGGAGUAAUGAUAUUGCUCCAAUGCGUAUAGCACGUUCAGGUUCAGCAGCUGUUGUACUUAAACGUAAAAUAUAUGUUUGCGGUGGAUUACAAUCAAAUACAGAAAAUACAAAUUUAGCUGAAGCUUAUGAUCCAACAAUAAAUCAAUGGCAAUUUAUAGCACCUAUGCGUGAACAUCGCUAUCGACCAGGUGCAGCUGUUGUUAAUGAAAAAAUUUAUGUAUGUGGUGGUCAAGAUGAACAACCAGGUAAAUAUCAUGAAAGUGUUGAAUGUUAUUCAAUUGAAACAGAUCAAUGGACAAUAAUAACGGAAUUAAUAUGUGGACGAAGUUUUCUUGCAUGUGCAAUGCUUUUACUUAAAUGGUCCGAUAUUCUUUGGGAACAUGUUUGUGAAGGCGAAACAAAUUCAUUACCCGAUAUAGGUUAA